UAGAGCCAACUCUCCCCCACUCACUGCCUGGUUGUCUCCUCCAUCUUCCUUAGAUUCACUCCCAUUUUCUUAUUCUUCUACUUCAAUGGCCUAAUGGUCAUGUGCAGACAAGGCAACAGCACCUGUCCGUUUUGACUAAAAUAUUUUAUUCAGCCUUUUCACCCAUGCUUACUCUCCUAUACUCAUAAAUAUCAAGAAAUGCAACAGAUUCUUCAGUGGCUCUUUAAGGCAGCACAUGAUCAAGCAAGAGACACUACUCCUUCCAAUAAGGAAAUUGCCAAUGGCCAAGAAGCUAAAUCAAAAGAGAUCAUAAAUUUGGUUAAGAAUCGUAGCUGGUGUACCCGAAAACAUAAUAAGAUCAAAGAUCAAGGGAGAAAUUGUGGAGUGGGUUGUAAGAAUUUUAAGGUGUUCAGUUUUUUGUGUAGAAGAAAUGUUGCAAAGGCUUGUUUCUACAGCACUUUGAAUUUAAGAAGAGUGAACAGUUUUAGCAAUAGUAAUAAUACUAGUAGGAAGCAGCAGCAGCAGCAGAAGAUGAUGAUGAUCCAAUCUAUGAAGAUGAAGAAAUUGGAAGAGCAGCAGAAGGUAGUUGAUUCUUCUGCCACUCAAGCAGGCAACAAAGUUUUACCCGUAACAGAUACGCCAUUGUCAUCCUCAAAUGACCAGACUGAAUCUGUUAAGGUCAAAGGAGACAAGACUAAAGCCAUGUCUAGAAUGAAGGAGAUGCUGAGAUGGGUUGCCGCUGCAAAAUCUGAUAAAGGAAAGAAAUUCUUGAUCGGUAGAAAGGUUAUGCACCUGAGAAACCGGGGAAGCUUAAAGGGAGCAGUGACAGGUGAUGAUGAUCAACUUAGCUUUGAAUCUCCUAAGAUCAGCUUCAGAUGGGAAGUUGAAAGCUCAUAUUCUACCACUACUUGCUCUGGAAUUUCAAUGGCUUCUUCUUCUUCCAAGAAUGAUAUCUCUCUCGGUUCCACUCCAAUCCAUGACAUUAAUCCCUCCCGCGCUGACAGAAAAGGAAACUGGAUCACUACAGACUCUGAAUUUGUGGUGCUAGAACUAUGAAGAGAAGACCCAUGAAGCUGCUAGGACUGUGUAAGGAAGAUUGGUAGAAUUUUUUUUUUUUUUCCCCCAAAAAAAUUUUUAUUUUUCUUUUGAAAUUUCUGAUUUUUUAGUGAGG